GUCAACCUCACCACCCAUCGCACAUCGCUCAACCUAGUUGUCAACAUCAACAUCAUCGACAACAGCGGCAGCAAUAGUAACAGCAGCAGCAGCAGCAAUCGCGAUCACAAUGAAGCAACAUUAUCUGCAGCAAUAACAGCAGCAGCAGGGGCAUCGGUUGCUACAACAACAGCAGCAGGGGCAUCGGUUGCUGCAACAGCAGCAGCAGUGGCAUCGGUUGCUACAACAGCAGGGGCAUCGGUUGCUACAACAGCAGCAGCAAACGUAAAAUCAACGCCAUUAACAGCUGAUGCUACAGCAACAACAGCAGCAACAGGAGCAACAGCAGAAAAAUCAGCAGCAGUGGAAACAACAUCAGCAACAACAAUUUACAACAACAGAAGCAGUAGCAUCAGCAGCAGCAGUGGUAGCAACAGCAGUAGCAGUAGUUGCAACAUCAGCAGCAGUAGUAUCAGUAGUAGCAACAACAGUAGUUGCAUCAGCCAUAGCAUUCGUAGCAACUGCAGCAGUAGUAGCAACAACAGCAGCAGCAUUAGCAGUAGUAGCAACAACAGCAUUAGCAUUAGCAGCGGUAGCAAUAGCAGCAGUAGCAUUAGCAGCAGUAGCAACAGCAGCGGUAGCAACAACAGCAGUAGCAUUAGCAGCGGUAGCAGUAGCAUUAGCAGCAGUAGCAACAACAGCAGUAGCAUCAGCAGCAGUAUCAUUAGCAGCAGUAGCAACAACAGCAUUAGCAGCAGUAGAAACUGCAGCAGGAGCAUUGCUGUUGGCAAAUAACGACUGUAUGAGCACAUGGAUGAGUGGGGAGGAGGAGGAGGCGGCGGUCACAGUGAGGCUAUGGAAUUGAAACCCAUAUGAAUAGCAAGGUGUAUAACGUCCAUUCUCAUGCCCUUUAUUUACGCAGGAAAGCCUCGCCGAAACUCAAGGCUCAUUUUCAGGAGGGCCCCACAUUCAGUCACAUUAAACGAGUGUUUGAGAAUCAGAAUAUUUAUUUGUACUGCCGGAGGAAUCUGAUGAGCUACAAAGCUAAUUUUCACAGACGUCCGGUAGUUGGGCACCCGGGAGGAAAUAAUAAGAGUGGUGGGAGAAACCCCACGGCGCACACAAGGAGGGGUAGACACUAAGGCGUCAAACAGAUUGAUUAAAGAAUCCAUUGCCGCACCGCCAUUUCCUGGCCACCUCGUGGCCUUAGCCUGAACGGGAUCGUAUUCCCAAGCACGUGGCCUGCCAUCAAAGCACCAACCAGACUCAAUCCCACUUCGUUUGGGAGAUCCCGUCGAGAAUCUAGAACGUUUGAGAACCGGGCGCACGACUUGAUUCUGUGUUUGUUGUUGUUGCUCAUUCUCCACCACCACCACCACCACCACCAAAGCGAUGAGAAAUAUCAGCGGCUCCACCACCACCGCCUCCUCGUCAACCACAACGCUGACGUCUGGCGAAGACCAAGGCCACCCGCGGGCCUUCAGGGCGACCGUGGCCGGCGUCUUGCUGCUCGAGAUCGCCCUGGGCCUCGGCAGCAACCUGACGGUGCUGGCCUUCUACGCGCAGCGCCGCUCGCACCUCGUCAACUCGGUGAGCAUCUUCGUGACGGUCAACCUGCACGUGAUCGACGCUCUGCUGUGCGCCGUGUGCGCGCCUCUCAGCGUCGCCUCCUUGCUCUGGGAGGUGGACGGGGAUGAUUGCGGUGGCGGCGGCGGCGACGGCUGGGGGUGGACAAUCGACGGAGAGCCGCCGAGGUCCUCCGCGGUCGCCAGAGGAUCGCAGCUGGCGGUGGCCCACGAGGCGUGCGUGGCUUUCGCGGGCGUGUCCACGGCGGCCAACAUGCUGGCCAUCAGCCUGGACCGCUACGACAUCGCGGUGAGGCCCGCCAAGCGCUUCAUGACGCGGGCGCGCUCCGCUGGCGCCCUCGCCAUCGUGUGGCUCCUCUCCGCGGUCGCGUUCCUCACCCCGUUCCUCGAGUCGAACUUAUCCCCGGCAGGCGACUUCGCCGCGGGCGGCCAAGUCGCGUCCCCCCCGAACGCGACGACUUCCAACCGGCAGCAGCAGUCCCACCACGACCGCAAUGGGCAGGAACGACAGCUUCAUCAGCGGCAAGAGGAUCAGAAUGCCCCCCUGCAUCAGUUGCCGAUGAUGAUGGCGGGUUGCCACUGGCUGCGCUACCACCUCGCCCUGCAAAUCCCCAUCUGUGCAGGCACCGCGGUGGCGAUGCUCGUCUUCUACUCGAGACUCGUGCGCGCGCUGCGCAUCAGGGUGGUGCCGAGCCGAAUGGCGCGGCCAGAUUCGCGAGGGCGCAACAGCAGCAGCAACAACAACAACCACCACCACCACCACCGCCGCCACCACCGUUGCAGCCGCCACAACAGCAUUGGGAUCAGCGGCUUGGCGCUCGCACGCAACGGAACUCCCAGAGGCGCCAACGUCGCCGCCAAUGACCACCCACCGUUGCGCGUUGCGUGCGCCGCGCGGUGCGAAGGAGCUCGCGGUGGUGGCGCUGGUGGAGGAGGUGGAGGUGGAGCGGGAGGAGUCGGCGCCUCUGUGUCCGUCAUCCUCACCCUCCACCGCGCCAUCAAGCGCUACCGCCAGCGGCGCAAAAACCAGCGGCGCCUCUUCCGGAUGUCCCUCGUCAUCGUCUCCACGUUCGCGCUCUGCUGGCUGCCCCUGACGCUGCUCAACGCCGCGGCGCUCUGGAUGGGGCCCGACCCGCGGGGGUCGUCGCGCGUCGCCCUCGCCAGGCCCCGGGCCGCGUGCCUGGCGGCCGCCUACGCGGGCCCCGUGCUGCACCCGCUGCUCUAUGCCUUCUCCAGGCAGAAAGUUCGCCGGGCGCUCGCGGCCCGAGGGGUCCGGGCCGGGGUCGGCCUGGGGCUCGGGGCGGUGAGGCGGCGCGUUGAGGCUUUGCGCGCCGAGGACGCGUCCGUCGGGCGCCCGCUGGUCGAGACUCAACUCGUGGUGGCCCCGCCGCAACCGAGGUUCCAACUACAACCCGGUCUCUCGGCCGACCCCUAGCUGGGGGGGCUGGGGGGUCGGGGGGUCGGGGGGGCCUCACGGCAACCGGGCGCCACGCGGAGGCAGGAUGGAAGCAGCCCUAAGGGCCGGACAGGAGACUCCCGUUUCGGAGGGGUCAAGGGUUUCACGAUCGCGGCUUUGUCACGACGGCGAACGCUUUUUGGUCGAGGGUGGAACGCGCCGUGGGACACUCGAGUCGACGUUCACACGAACUCGCGCGCUAGCACGUGGUGCGCGGAUCACACGUUCGGCCUUAAUAUCAUUACGAGGGUGGUUCUCGCCGGUGCUGAUGUGUACGCACACACCACGUGAGGUGCUCAUCUAAGACCCAGUCGACGUAGGAGAGACCGAGAUAAAACACGCACAGACACACAAGGACGUCACUUGACAGCGGUGCCUUGUACUGGAGGCCAGCCUCGUGUGUAUGUUUUGUAUGUAUGUUUGUAUGUGUGUAUGUAUGUGCGUAUGUAUGUGUGUGUAUGUGUGGGGAGCGGUAGUGUAGUGGUUAGCGCGCUGCGCUAUGAACCCGGCGACCCGGGUUCGAUUCCUGCUCACGGUCAAUACCAGUGACGAUUAUCUGAACUGGUCCCGGGCCUCCCGUAGGUCGACUCAGCCUCAAAUGAGUACCUGGUGUGGUGUGUAAAUAUCGCCACUUGGGGAGACAAAGGCGGUCGGGCGUGGUGCUGGCCACCCACCGCCUCGCGUACCGUUCCGGCCUUCAUCGGUGCUCGCUAACAGCACUUGCCCCUACAGUCUGUCAAGGCUACACGGGGGAUCUUUGUUGUAUAUUCAAAUUGGUGUCGCGAGCAGACUAAAGGUGGCCACGUUCAGCUGGGAAUCACUCGUGGGGUUCACGCAGCCACGGCGAGGCGAUCUCGCACCUGAUCCUAGGAGGUGUUUAUUAUCUACAAAACGUGAUAAUGUCGUUUUUUUUUUGGUCCACAUAAC